AUAUUUAAUGAUUGAUUUGACUACAUUAACCAGUUUCUGUCAAAAAUAUUUAUUGGAUUAACGAGCCAAUUCAAAUUUAUUAAGUAUUUUACAUACCAUAUGAGAAUAAUUUAAUGUAAGACAAGAGAAUCUCAAAUUUCAUUUCAUGACAAUUAUGGAAAAAUUAUCACAUAUUAAAUUCUAAGAAUUCAAGGAGAAGGAUUAAAUAACAUUUAAAAUUGUGCUAGAAUUAUUUAUAAUUAACUUAUCUAGGCUACAUUCAUUCAUAUAAAUUGGAUUUCCCACGGUAAUGAAGUAUGAUUACGUUUUUCCAGCUUCAUAUAAAAGAGUUUUCCAAAAUAAAUUUGUAAAAUCGUUAAAAAAUAAUUAGGAAAAAUUAAAUAUUUUAAAAUAGUAUAGAUAAUACCGAAAAUUGUGGUAACCUACUUCCUCUACACUACACGAAUCUCAAAUACUCGUAUAUUUAACAAAUUUUUUUAUGAAAGUGUGGGGUGCAUCUAUUUCCAUCCGCUUAAUACUUUUAAAAUAAAUAGAACGUUUAAUGUUCGUUAAUGGCAUUUUUACCUGAAACCGGCUACCGGUAACGUUAUGGUAUAUAAAGAUCAUCUACAAUUCAAUUAUUUAAUGCCAAGGUGAAAACGUAAAAAAAAAUAUUUGUAAAAAAAUAAUUCACAAUUAAUCAAAAAAAAAAAACAAAUAAAAAAAAAAUAAAAAAAAUUCAAAAAUUUAAAAUUAAAAAUUAAAAAAAAUUGACAGUUUUCAAAAAAAAAAAAGUUUGAAAGGAAAAUAAAUUUUAAAUUUUUACAAUAGUGUUAAAAUAUUAAGGAUUUAAUUAACGUGGUUUUGAAACAAUAAAAUGCUGCAACACUAAUUGUCACAACAAUAAUAAAAAUAUUAAAAUAAAAAGUGCAUUUGGUUUGUCGAGUAACAAAAUUAAUUAAAAAUUAAUUUUAAUUUAAAAAUAUUCAAGUAAAAGAAAUAAUUAUAAAAAAAAAAAUAAAUACAAAAAAAAUAAAAAUCUGUGAUUAACAUUUGUGUGUGCAAUGUGCAUAAAUUUUAUUUGAGGACAAAGUGUGUAAUUGUGAUUUGAAUUUGAAAUAAAAUAAAAAAUAAAACUGUGUAUGUUUUAAUACCGAAAUGGCAGUAUCCUGCCCGGAAGUUAUGUACGGUGCUUAUUAUCCAUAUUUAUACGGCAGAGCCGGACCUAGUAGAUCAUUUUAUCAAUAUGAAAGGUUUAAUCAAGACUUAUAUUCAUCAUCUGGUGUUCCCUUAGCAGCAUCAUCUAGUGCAUCUGGUAGUUCACAUUCACCAUGUAGUCCUAUUUUACCAUCAAGUGUAACAGCAAAUGCAGCAGCAAUAGCAGCUGCAGCAUCACAUAAUGUUGCAGCAGCUAGUACUACAAUACCAACAUUACCAAUUGGUAGUAGCGGUGGUGGUAGUGGUAGUAAUAGCUCAAUACAUAGCCGUACAAUACAAACCAAAGAAGAAGAUAUUAGUACAGGUAGAAGUGAUAAUGAUGGGGCAAUAAUCGGGUCACAUCAUAAUGACUCAUCAUGUUCAUCUGGACCAGAUUCACCUCAUCAUCAUGGAGGUGGGAAUGGUGGAGGUGCAUCAUCAUCAAAAGAACAUCAUUUAGAUGGAAGUUCAACGGGCCGAGCACAAUAUAUUUCCGCAUCCUGUGUAGUUUUCACACAUUAUACUGGUGAUACAGCAAGUGUAGUUGAUGAACAUUUUUCUAGAGCACUUAAUUUUAGUAAUAAAGAUAGUAAAGAAACAAGUAGUCCUAUGUCAGCUAGAAAUUUCCCACCUUCGUUUUGGAAUAGUAAUUACGUACCUCCGGCUCCUGUUUCAACUCAUCCACAGUUUUUUCAUAAUUUCCAGGUUUCUGAUUUAUAUUCAGCGGAUGGAAGUUAUACAACAGAUCCAUGGGUACCGCAUGCAGCACAUUAUGGUUCAUAUGCACAUGCUGCUCACGCACAUGCAGCACAUGCACAUGCCUAUCAUCAUGCAAAUAUGGCACAAUAUGGUAGUUUACUUAGGUUACCUCAGCAAUAUGGACAUGGAACAAGAUUACAUCAUGACCAACAAACAGCGCAUGCCUUAGAAAGUGCAGCUGCAUAUUCAAGUUAUCCGACAAUGGCCGGACUAGAAGCUCAAGUUCAAGAAUCUUCAAAGGAUCUAUAUUGGUUCUAAAACUAUAAUAUUAUUAUUAAAAAAAAAAUUAAAUUUAAAAUUAAAAAUUAACAAAUGAAAUUUUUUUUAUUUAAUUCUUUAGACACUUAGUUUGCAUAUAAAUUUAGUUAGAAACCAAUUGAAUUAGUGAUGCUAAUA